UUUUUGUUUAUAAAGAAAAAGAACAAGUGAAAUAACAUAUAUGAUAUAGUCGUACGGGAGUUGACCCCCAAACUAACGGACCAUCCUGAAGAAGAGAGAGCGACGGACUCGGGGCUCUCUCUCAGUCUCAGCCCAGCCGCCGCAACAAUCAACACCAAUCUCUCAAACACACAGAGAAAUGAGGUGCCCGUACUGCCUGGCCGGGCAAGGCCGGUGCGCGACGACAACAAACUCCCGUCGUUCGAUAACGGAGUGCACGUCGUGUGGUCGUGUGGUGGAAGAGCGCCAAUCCCAAUUCCACCACCUCUUCCACCUUCGCGCCCAAGACAACCCUCUCUGCCUCGUCACCUCCGACCUCCCCACACUCCACCAGGCCCAACCCAACAACGCAGCCGCCGACGACGACGACCCGUUCGAGCCCACCGGAUUCAUCACCGCCUUCUCGACCUGGUCCCUGGAGCCCAACCCGCUCUUCCUCCGCUCCUCUCUCUCCUUCUCCGGCCACCUCGCCGAGCUCGAGCGCACCCUCGAAUCCACCUCCUCUUCUUCUUCAUCAUCCCCGUCGUCUUCCACCGUUGUGGUCGAUAAUCUCAGGGCCUACAUGCAAAUCAUCGAUGUCGCUUCGAUCCUGGGCUUGGAAUACGACAUCUCAGACCACGCGUUUCAGCUCUUCAGGGACUGUUGCUCCACUACUUGCUUGAGGAAUCGCAGCGUUGAAGCUCUCGCUACGGCUGCUCUUGUGCAGGCCAUCAGAGAAGCCCAAGAGCCCAGAACCCUCCAGGAAAUCUCAAUUGCAGCCAAUGUGCCCCAGAAGGAAAUUGGUAAGUACAUCAAGAUACUUGGAGAAGCACUGCAACUUAGUCAGCCCAUCAACAGCAACUCCAUAUCCGUCCAUAUGCCGCGGUUUUGCACUCUCCUCCAGCUCAAUAAAUCUGCUCAGAAACUGGCAACUCACAUUGGAGAGGUUGUCAUAAACAAAUGCUUCUGCACUCGUAGGAACCCCAUUAGCAUCUCUGCAGCUGCAAUAUAUUUAGCCUGCCAGCUUGAAGACAAGCGAAAAACCCAAGCAGAGAUUUGUAAGGUGACUGGUCUUACUGAAGUCACUCUCCGGAAAGUUUACAAGGAGCUGUUGGAGAAUUGGGAUGACUUGCUCCCAUCUAAUUAUACUCCAGCCGUUCCUCCGGAAAGAGCAUUCCCUACCACUGUAAUCGCUUCAGGCCGUUCUUCAACAUCUAAAGUUGAUUUAGUCGAAAUACCAGUUUAUUUGGAGAGAGAGAAGCUGCCUGAAAUAAAACCUAACAAACCAAAUGAGGGAUUAGACAUGAAUGUUCCGGCCAUAGGUAAAGAGGAGUUUGAGCUUAAAGGUAAUUCUCGAGGUGCGCAAACCACUGUUUUGAAUCAAUCAACAACUUUCUGGCAACACCAGGUUCCAUAUGGCACUUCUGGUUUAAGGACAGCAGGAAAGAACUCUCAUAAUGGCACCGAAGGAAUGGACAUCGAUGAGCCGCAACGUAACCAGCAGCCUAACCAACAGUUUGAGCAGAAGAUGGGUAUGGACUCAAACGGUCUUACUAGUACACGAAAGCCAACUCAAAUUUUGAGCCCCCCAGCUUCAGGUGCAUGCUCAGUUACCAGGCAGUUUCGGUGCCCUCCACCUUCAUCAGGUUCUUCUCCAAAUGUUUGUUAUGUGCUGCCACCAAAGCUGGCACCAGGUUAUACUGAGCUUAGAGGUAGCGGGAGUCAAAAUGGAAGUGAAAAUGCCAAACAGAGUGGAGAUUCUUAGUGGUAUGACUUUUGUAUAUAGAGAGCUUACAAAAUGCAUCUUCCUUGUCACGAUCGAUGUAUUUCUUCUGUAUUUUGGUGACAAAUGCGUAGCCUAGUUACUUGUUUAAGGUUUGAACACAGUUUGAUUAUUUUUUGGGUUAUAGGAGUUGUAGAAUUACAGAAUUCAUUGGGGGGAGAGAAUCGAACCUAAAAAGUUUAGAACUUUUAAGUGCAUAGGUAAAUACUAUUCACACUGAGCUACAAAUUGCAUUUUAAUUUUUCUCUUUGUGUGUGUUUAGUUUCAGUCCGAACAACAAAUCCACAGUUUUAUAUUUUUAUUUUCAUCCCUCCCUUUCAAUGUAAAAAAGAAAGAAGAAAAAAAGAGAUAUUUAUGUAUAGAAGGGAAAAAGUGUUGUUCAUAGUAUACCACGGGACAAACCAGCUAAACGAGCAAAGAAAGCAUGUCGUAAAUAAAAUAGACGGUAAAACAAAAAGCAGCGUAGCAGUUACGACAUGCAACGUAAGUCGUCCAUCCGGAACAAUCGUGGCAAUCACGUAAUUUAGUCAAAUCGUAUAGGCAUAUCUAUAACCGCCCCGAUAUUUCCACAACAGUGACGUGUCUUUCAUGCGAAGCCGAAAUCUUCUCUCUCUCUUUCUCUCUCUAUCUUCCCAUACAAACAAACACAACAAACCAUAAUCUUAACCUUCCAUUCGUCCAUGUCACCGAUCCGCGCCUUGUAUAUCCAACGGUCUAAAAUCCUUCAAUAAUUCACACAGCCUAAACCAUACGGAUAGGUUCAGCCCCCCGAACCCUAGCCACGGAACCCGAAGACUUACGAGCCCCCUCUAGAGGUUUAUCCCGAUUCACACACUCGCCCAAUACCAAUAGGAGAGAGAGAGAGGGAAGAGAGAGAAAGAGAGAGAGGAAUUCCAAUUUCAUUUUAGGUCCUUUUCUUGUUUGUGCUCCUCAAGCAUUUCCUACUUGCAGAAGAGCGUCCGUACAUCUGAACAUUUUAGGGUUUUAAAGCGGUUCAGAGAAAAACGAUUUGAAUUCGUGUCGUUUUGAUCUUGAAUUGGGGAUACGGCUAAGGUUAGAGUUUCUAUGUCAUUUAUGUUCUCCCCUCUCUGGGAUUGAAAUAUUGAAGCUCCGUUGCUUGUUUACAAAAUACCAAAAAAA